AGCAUCACAAAGCUAAUCAGCAACAUGCGCAAACAUCUGAUCAAAGACAUCUCACUUUCAGUGGAGGCUGAAAAAACCACCUUGUUUCAAAUCCAAAGCUCCUGUCAUUCAUUCAUCAAGUGUCUCAAGAUCUAAAUGAAGGAGUUGAAGAACCAACUGAAAGAGGAGUUCUCAAAGUCUGAUGACAUCACUGAGACUCUGAACAAGCUUCCAAUCAAACCACAGGAUCAGCUUUUCAAGAGAGUGUUUGGUUGUGGACGACAGUGUCCAUUUUGUAAGGCUCCCUGUGAGGCCGGUGGCACAGAACACAAGAUGCAUCAUGCAGCCAUUCAUCGGCCACAAGGUCUUGGCAAUUUCAAGUAUGAGUCAAGUGAGAAGCUGGUUGAUUCACUGUGUACAACUGAAGUGCAGGGUGAUCGUUCAUUCAGAAACGCAGACACCAAAGGGGAGUGGCUUCCUUACAAGGACUACAACAAGUACUACCCAGACUGGAUCAUUCCUCCAGACCCCACCCCAGAGGCAUCUGACUACUGGAAGUACGUCCUGGUGAAAUACAAUGACAGAUUUGCUGAAACAUAUAAAGCCGAACCAGCUGAUGUCCCAGAGGCCUGGAGGAGACUCACAAAGGAACAAGCUCUGACGGGUUUGAGAGACGCCUUCAACAUGAAGUGAACAAAGUACAACUGAACACAUCAGCCUCUCCAGAAAGUCUCAGGAACAUGUCUGGAGCUCCGUGCAGGUCUGAAAGAAAAUUCAGAGAACUACAAGUCUCCAGUCUCAUUCAGCUUCAGGAAAAAGUACUAUUUUGGGGGGAAACUGUGCAAGAGAUUACUGUUUGGCUUGUUUUUGUUUGUUUUACUCUUGUGUAUCUUUUUGUUUAAUGUGACUAAACCACCAAUUUCUUUCAGUGAUAAUGAAGAAAGAACAACAGAGUUAGUUUGGACCUCUGUGCAUUUUAUUUUCUUUACGACUCUUUGUUGAUUUAUUUUUUGGUAGUUUUUUUACUGUGUCAAUAGUCACUCGCCCUCCAGCGAUAAAAUAAAUAAAAGAGAAAUGUCCAAAUAAAUGUAUAUAAGUAUAUUUUUUAUCCUUUUUGUUUCCGUAUGUUUGUGUAUAUGAUGAAUUAUCUUUUAUAUUACUUCACAUAGUUCAGGGUAGAGAAACAGUGUCUUGAUGUGGAUGAUUAAGUUAUGAAUGUAUUAUCUCCAUGUAUGUAAUAACUAUAAAGAAAACAAUGGUGAUGUACAAUAUACUAAGACCAUGUGAUGAAAUAUUCAGUAAUAAACUGAUAUUAUAUUGUUAUUCACAUAUUGUUAAGGAUUAACUUUUGAUUCAUAUUCUUCUGAUUAAAAUGUAUCCAAAUGUUCCAUUAUUUACAUGCUCCGUUCUAAAUGACAAGUGCAGUACCAAGGAUGAUGAUGAUGAUG